GCAGCUGUACCGCAAUGACAGUUCUUUAUAUCCCACCUUCCUUCCUAUUCAGGCAGUGCAAACAUAGACAAUUCCAAGUCCUCCUUCCCUACACAAUUUCUCAUGGCUGCCAUCCUACUCUUUCUUCUCUUUCUCUCCACAUCUUCUACUGCAACAGCUCAACCAAAACAUACAAACAUAACCUUAGAAUCUCCUCUCUCAGCCACCACCCAGCCCACUUCAUGGCUCUCACCUUCCCGCUUAUUCGCUUUCGGUUUCUACCGUGAAGGCACCGGCUUCAAAGUCGGAAUAUGGUUGGAGACAAGCCCAAACAAGACUAUCGUGUGGACAGCCAACCAAGAUGACCCUCCUCUUUCUGGCAACAGUACAUUGGUCUUAAUGAACAAUGGUCUCUUUCUAAAAACUGCUGGAGCCCCAGAUAUGAUCAUUUCAGGUAAUAACUCAUCCCUUCCGGUGUAUUCAGCUUCGAUGCUCGAUUCAGGCAACUUGGUUCUCUACAAUUCCGAUUACAAAAGCAUCUGGGAAAGCUUCAAUUAUCCAACUGACACCAUCUUAGGGGGUCAAUCCCUUCUUCCGAACUAUCAACUAUUCUCAAGCGCAUCAGAAACUGACCAUUCGACCGGGGGCUUUCAGCUGAGCAUGCAAACCGACGCAAACCUCGUGUUGUACCCGAAAGACACUAGUCACACUCCUGGCGAUGCAUAUUGGGCAACAGGGACUAAUACGCCAGGAAACAUCCUGAGACUACAGCUCUACCAAGAUGGCUCCCUGUACCUAGUCAAUGCAACUGGCUACAAUACAAGUUUCGGGGCAAGACGGGCGGUUGCUAAUAACGGAAAUGUUAUCUACCGUGCGACCCUCGACGUUGAUGGGAUUUUCCGCUUGUAUUCCCACAGCUUCACACGGAGCGGUAUCUCAACAAUGAAGAUGGAAUGGUCUGCCUUGUCAAAUAAAUGUAAGGUGAAUAGUAUCUGCGGGGUUAAUAGCUACUGUACUUUGAGUACAGAUGACAAACCCAAUUGCCUUUGUCUGCCUGGUUUCAAUUUCACCGAUCCUGAUAAAAAAUUCGUGGGCUGCAGCAGAAACUUCACACUGGAAGUUUGCAUUGACAAGAAAGAAAAUUUUACAUAUGAAACUUCUACAGUGGAGAGUGUGCAGUUUCUCGACAGUUCGUAUGCUACUUUAUCAAUAACUAAAGAUGAAUGCCGAAAGGUUUGUUUGGACGAUUGUAAUUGUGAGGCUGCAAUGUUUGAAAAUGAAAAGUGCAUGAAACUUACGCUUCCAUUGAAGUAUGGGAGAGCAAGCGAAUCGGCCUCAUCAAUCAUUUUCAUCAAGGUGGGUCAUGAAAGUUCCGUGGAUGCUAUCACCGAUUCAUUUCCAAAUGUAACAAGGAUGGUACCUGGUGAAAUCAAGAAAGAGCCGCGUGUGAAGAUUUUAAUCGCAGGUAUAGUUCUUGCCGCGUGUUUAGUUGCCAGCAUUGCUUUUUCCUGUUUUCUUAUUUACAGGAAUCGAGCACAAAGCUAUAAAAAGAUGAAGGAUGAUAACAAUUUGAGCUUGUCUGAGGAGAUUGUUCUCCGAUCAUUUUCUUACAAUGAGCUCGUGAAAGCAACUGACAAUUUCAAGGAAGAGUUGGGAAAGGGUUCUUUUGGAACAGUUUAUAAAGGGUCCUUAUACAAUAGCAACAGAACGGUUGCUGUUAAGCGACUCGAGAAAAUGGUUGAAGAAGGAGAAAGGGAGUUCCGUGCUGAAACCAGAGCAAUAGGGAGAACUCAUCACAGGAACUUGGUCCGAUUGCUCGGCUUUUGUGAUGAGGGUUCUUCUAGGCUUCUGGUUUACGAAUACAUGAGCAACGGAUCUCUUGCAAACCUUCUAUUCAAGGCCCAAAGCCGACAUGAUUGGAAAGAAAGAGUGAGAAUUGCACUAGAUGUCGCCAGAGGGAUAUUCUAUCUACAUGAAGAAUGCGAGCCUCAUAUCAUCCACUGUGAUAUAAAACCUCAAAACAUACUCAUGGAUGGCUUUUGGACUGCAAAGAUAUCUGAUUUCGGGUUGGCAAAGCUGCUUAUGCCUGAUCAAACAAGAACCUUUACUGGCGUUAGAGGGACGAGAGGGUACUUGGCACCUGAAUGGCAGAAGAACACACCUAUAUCAUUGAAGGCAGAUGUUUAUAGCUACGGGAUCGUUUUAUUGGAAAUUAUAUGUUGCAGGAGGUAUAUUGAAUUAGAGGUUCCAGAUAAUGAGAUUGUUCUCUCUGAAUGGGUUUAUAGUUGCUUUGUGGGUGGAGAGUUGCGUAAGCUUCUGGGCGGAGAAGAAGUGGAAGGGAAGAUUUUGGAUAGGAUGGUAAAGGUGGGGUUGUGGUGUAUUCAAGAUGAACCGGCACUUCGUCCUUCCAUGAAGAAUGUGAUUUUGAUGAUGGAAGGGAACAUGGAUAUACCCAUUCCCCCAUCUCCCACGUCAUCCAUGAACAUUUCUUUCUGAAU